UAUCUGUGAAGCAUAUGCGGUGUGCGUAUUAUUUUGCUUUUAGUAUUUAAAUAAUUAAUUAACAGGUCUUAUAAUUAAGAAAUUGGUUGUUGUCGGAUUUUUUUAUGUAAUUUAAAAAUGUGGUUGGUGAUUUUUCCCACUUUUAUAACUUCAAAUAGUGUGUAAUGCAACUAACGCGCGCCCUUUCUUGUUAGAGGGACUUCAAAAUGGCGUCAAGUAUCGAAUGUGUUUAUAGAUAGACGCGAUAGCAUGUGUGUUAAAAGUGGGCUAAAAAUAGAGGUCUUGCAUGAAGUUUGUUGCAUAAAUUGUGAUGAAAAAUGUCUAAUACAGUGAUUACUAACUAUACGGACCUAAAUGGACCAUCAACUAAAACUGAUAGUUCUGUGGUUGUUAUUGUAAACAAGGAUGGAUCCUUGUCGGUGGACCAGAAUUUACUGGGUACUCUUAUGGGAAGUGAUGGAUCUCAAGCUGCUGGUAUAAGUGUAGUCCGCGUCGGUCACGAGGGCCGUCCGGACGAUGCUACAGACUCAGAAAAUGAAGAUGAUAAAGUCCCUCAUGUAACUUUGUCAGUUGAUAGCUACUAUAAUGAGCCUGACAGUAUCAUUAAAUAUGAUAGUGGAGCGGAAAUGUUACAAUCUUUAAGAAUAGAAACAAGAGAGAACAGUUUGAUUGGUUUCCAAAAUGAUCAUUGCUACACACCUUUAACAUCUCCAAGUCAAGUUCUACCACAAAAAAGUGAAACAUUCACACCGUUUGAUGAUCCCGUGAUUGAGAUUACUCACACUCCUCCACCGAAACCUGUUGCUACACCUAAAAAAAUUACUAUUUUAGAACAACAAAUAAUACCUAAAGGUAAAAAAAUUGUUAUUAAUUCAUCAGAACCAUCAGUAAUAUUGAAAGGAAAUGAUCUUUUAACAAAACCUUUACCAGUUCUAACAAAAUCAAAACUAUUGAAUGAAGUAACGAAGCCUUCUGAAGCAAUAACAAAAUCUGAAGAAAAUACAGAAUCGUCAUCAGCAAGCUCUUCUGGUGAUAGUAUACAAGACAGAGAUUCAGAUUCUGAUUACAAAGAUUCAAAUGAUAAAUCAGGUCCUCAAAAGUUAAGACGGCAGAAAGCAAAACCAAGAAUACUUAAGAGCGUUCAUGUGGCUAGAGCUGCUAAAGUAGAUCCUAAGACAGCAUCAAAAUUGAAGAUAAAUAAGAAUGCUAUUAAGAGAGAUAUUAAAGAAAAACUUUUGAGUAAGAAUCCCUUGCUGGAAAAGAAGCAAUUAGACUUAGACUCUGUGCUCCCAGCUAAAGUUCAGACAUCUCCCGCUGUUGCUGAAACACCUAAACCAGUACCUAAACCUACUUUAACAAAAGUUGUUAAAAGAGAGAAGAAAACGCCAGCACACAUGACAGCACUAUUAUCAGAUAUGACUUCUUUAUUCUCUUCACCUGAUGUUAUUAGAAGAGUGUCAACUGAAAAUAAAUUACCUAACAAAACUGAUAAAGAAGCUCCAGUGAUAACAAAGAAACCCAGUGAUCUCAUAAAACCUCUUGAAUCAAAUGAAGUUAAACCUGUCUCUCAACUAGCACCCAUUUCCAAAUCAGAAAGUUCAGAAGAAAUGAAACCUAUAGUCCCACAAAAAACAUAUAUGAAACAGUCAAGGAUAUCAAACAUACCAGAAAAGAGCACCAAAAACUAUGAUCCUAUGCCUCAAUUAGAUGACGCCAGUCUAGCGCAAAUAUUGCAGGAUACAACUACACAGUCAAUGAAAGUACAGCCAAGUAUUGCAACUAAUGUCAUAAAUAGUCCAGGGUUAGCGGGACCCCUCUCACCAACCCUAGACUUACUAGGUGGUCUACAACCAGAGGAAGAUGGAUUGACUGAAGAUUUGUUGAUGCAUGUUGCUCAGUUAGUUGAAAGUUCAGAAAAUUUACAAGAAGUUAUAGACAAGCAGGUGCUAGGUAAAGUCGAUCCCUCGCCUGCCAAAACUCCAGUGCAAUUGCCUUAUCAGCCUCAAACACCUAGUAAUCUUUAUGCAACACCACCUCUUGUGAAACAGGCAGUAAAGACAGCUGUGCCUCGGAAAGAUCCCAUAGAAAUAGUUAGGCGAGAUGGACGCGUUAUUACCUUGCCUCCAAUCGAGGCACCUGCUACUAGAUCGUCUAAAAGGAAGAGUCAAGUUGAAACCGUAAAUGUCUUGGAUAGCUCGGCACCGAGAGUUCCAGUCCAAUUACAACCAACUAUUCUUACUACUCCUGAACCUACAGUACAACAGGUUGCAAAACAGUAUUCAAAUAAAAAGUUAUCGCAGAAAAAACAAGAACAAGCACUUCAAUCAACAGCUAUUGAAAAGAUAUCUCUAGAGUCUCAAGAAAGUUGGAAUUCAGAAGAUGAUCCUAAUAGGUUAUGGUGUAUAUGUAAGCAACCACACAAUAACAGGUUCAUGAUAUGUUGUGAUGGGUGUGAAGAUUGGUUUCACGGCAAAUGUGUCAACAUCACCAAAGCAAUGGGUCAACAAAUGGAAGAACAAGGGAUUGAAUGGAGAUGUCCUAACUGUGUUAAAAAUACAAAAACUCCUGCCAAGAGUACAGCCAAGUUAUCAGUAACACCAAGGGAGAAUGUAGUAAGUACAACUCAGCCUGCUAUCACCAAAGAGUUAGCCUCAAAAACUACUUGUAUUGUUUGUAAGAAACCCGCACGAGCCAGUAGUAUUUAUUGCAGUGAUGCAUGUAUACUUAAACACGCACAAGACUCAUUAGGGAGUCAAACCCCCACAUCUAAAAGUGAAAACUCUAGUGGCAAAGCACCUGAGAAACCUAAUUCUGAAUCUAGGGUCAUAGUUUACGAAAGAAAAUCAGGAAGACUUUUGGCAGGUCCAAACGCUCCUACUGCUGAAAACUUAAAAACUUGGCUCCAAAAGAAUCCUACAUUUGAAGUUGUUAGGCCAGGGACAUUAAGUGCAAUUAAGCCUAAUAUACCCAAAAAGAAAUCUACAAAUGAGCCAAAUAAAAUUCAAACCACUCUUAAUUUCACUAGAAUUCCUAAAAAACCAGUUGAUCAAACCAUUCAGCCGAAAACUCCACAUUCAGAGGCGAAAGAAAAAGUGAUAAAGGCUCUUCCCCCACCUAAAGAAGACGUUAAAGCAACACCUCAACCAAAAAUUCCUGUGACACCUAAGUCUCAACCACAACAAAUAUUUGAAACACCUAAGUCAACUAAACUUGCAACAGAGUCUAAAAAACCUGUUCGUGCAACUACAAGUCGAUCGCAGUCGUUGAUGGAUAAGCCGCAAGUAGUUUCGCCAUCGACGUCGCGACGGAAAGACACACCAGAUAAGAGAACAAGAAUGAGCACCGAAGAUCCUAUCAGAGAAAAUGUGCGCAAAGCUUUACAAGAACAAAUUUCGAUUCGUAUGGCGGAAAGUGAUGGACCCAAGUUUACAGAAGAAGAGAUACAACAGUUCGCAAAUGAUACUGAGUUUGAAUUACACGAACUAUUCAACCGAGAUGUCGGUAUGAAAUAUAAAGCUAAAUACAGAUCGUUAAUGUUUAAUAUAAAAGAUCGUAAAAAUCUGUCACUCUGGGAAAAAAUAUGUGAGCGUGUUAUCACCCCUAAACAACUGGUACGAUUAUCGCCAGAAGAAUUAGCAAGUCAAGAAUUAGCUCAAUGGAGAGAUAAGGAAGCCAAGCAUCAAUUGGAGUUAAUUAAAAAAUCAGAAAUCGAUCUUUUAGCUGCAAGCAAAACAUAUGUUUUAAAAACACACAAAGGAGAAGAGGUUAUGGAAACAAAGGAGUCAGUUUCAACAGAAUUGGAUCCAAAUGUAGCAGUGGAGGACUUGGUAACAGUACUGAAUGAUGCUGUUGGAGAUGGAUUACCAGAUGAAAAUGAACAAAAGAAACAAGAAGAAUCGCACAAAAAGCAUGGCGCUAGUAAAAAGAAAGAUAAAGAUAAAGGUAACUCUAGAAAAAAAGACAAAGAAUCUAAAAGAGACUACGAAAAAAGAAGUUCACGAUCUUCCAAACGAAAAUCAGAUAUAAAGGAAAGAGAACAUCGUUCAUCCCGACGGUCGAUUAAAAAAUCUAGAUCGAGAUCUAAAUCAAAGGAAAGAUCAAAAACUGAGUCUGUCAAAGAAAAAUCUGACUCUCGAGACCGUUCAAGGCACAGAUCGCGAUCAAAGUUAAGAUCUAAAAGAAAACCUAGAGAACAUUCCAGAUCUGACUCGAGAGAACGCGCUCAAUCGCGUUCCUUACGACGUUCAUCGCGACGAUCUCACUCCAGAGACAGUGGAAAGCGAAGCUCAGGAGAAACUCGAUCGCGUUCCACCCGACGCAGUACGGAAGAUAAAUUUAAACAUAGAUCUAGGUCUCAAGAGGCUGCUUCAAAUAAAAAUAAAAAUGACUCAACAGAUUCUGAUUCUAUCGAAAGACCGAAAUCUGCAAUGAUGAAGGAAGCACAUCCCGAGUAUGAUCCCCAUGAACCGAUGAUAACAUCAGCCUUUUCAGAAGAGGACUUGAGGAAAUCAAGGGAAGAUGUUUACGAAGAUACUUACAAAAAUGAAAUAUCAGAGUAUGGAAAUGUUGAAUACGAUCCCACGAAGGCAUUUACCAUUGAUACCAACAUAGCCUUGCCUGUGCCUAAAUAUGAAAAACAGGAUAAAUCUGAAGCAGAAAGUGAUCAGGAACCUACUAGUACAGUAGAACACUCAGCGGCAACAGUGUGGAACGGUUGCAUUAAUAUGGUGGAUGUCGCCCGGUUCUAUGUAGCAGCUCAUGAGGUGUCUGGAAAUGCAAUAGACUUGGAAGACGAUUUAGCUCCAGAACUGGAUAUUGUGGGCAGAAUAAAUCCAGAUACAGUUUGGGAGUAUAUUAGUAAGAUGAAACGAGCUAGUAACAAGGAUAUUAUCAUACUGAAACUUCAAGCAGCAAAUGACGAAGAAAGGAUGCAGUACAUUGCGUUGUAUAGUUACCUAAGUAGUCGCAAUAGAUUGGGCGUGGUAAAAGUAUCAAACACAGCAACUGUAAAAGAUUUUUACAUAGUUCCAAUACCAGCAAACACUUCUUUACCUCCAGUUUUAUUACCUCUUGAUGGACCUGGUCUCGGGGAAGUGAAGACACAUCUUCUAAUAUCGAUCAUAAUAAGACAAAGAAAGAAACGCCUAGCUCCUCAUAUUCCCAAAGACAUUGUACCAGCGAAGGUGGCGCGUGAGUCCCGCAAGAAAUCCUACACACCGCCACUGUCUCCGCGACGCCGCGCGCUCCCCAUGCCGGCCUUCACGUCCACGGCUCUCUCCACCUCGGUAAAGGAUAAAAUUGCUGCUUCGUUGGCCGCUGCCGACGACGAAGAGGCGUACAGUCCAGGAUCAUCAUCAGGUAGCAAUAGUGCUUCAGCGCCCUCUCUUCCGCCUAACUCGAGUUCGCUAAGAAGUAAAAUGGAAGAACUGAAUCGACAAAUUGAAGAACAAAAACAACAAAUUCUAAAGAUGACACAAGCCGAUUCCUCAGUGGGAGAAGAGAACGAGGCAUAUUCACCAUCAAGACCAUUGACUCCGCCUGCGCCAGUUGUACCACUAGCAGAUAUUGCAUUACCGUCAAACCUUCAAGAAAUUCUUGCCACGAUAAAACAACGCUCGGAAACAACAACUGCGGACGUCGACAUGCGUACACUACCUAUGCCUUAACUAUUUAAAGAGGGACAUUUAUAAUUAUUUUAUAUUCAUUAUAGGCAGUGCAGUAUAGGAUUAAGUUUGUAAAAUUAACUUGUAGACGGCAAUAUUUAAUUGCAAUUAAUUGUAUUUUAAGUUAAUUAGUAAAUCUACAGAAAACAUAAUAUAGAACAUAGUGGAUGAAAAAACGGAUUCUGUUUGCAAGGUUUAUCCUUUUUUGUGGAUUUUCAUGACAAUGAUAUUGUUUCGUGUUACGAAAUUUCCAAGAUUGUUAAACAUAUAUACAUCUCAUAAA